AUGCAGAUCCGUGCUUGCGUCCUCCUGGCUCUCGCCAGCAGCGCUUUCGCUGGCUACCUCCCAACCUACGGUGUCGGCCACGCCGUCACUGGCGUCAGCUAUGGAGUAGCUCCCGCUGCCAGCUACGCCGUUUCCGCCCCAGCCGUGACCCGCACUGUCUCCACUUCUUACCAAGCUGCUCCAGUCGUGGCUGCUGCUCCAGCUGUCGCCACUUACGCCGCCGCCCCAGCUGUCACCAGGGUGUACCAGUCUGCUCCGGUGGUGGCUGCCGCCCCAGCUGUCGCCACUGUCGCCGCCGCUCCAGCUGUGUCCCGCGUGACCACCUACACCCAGGCCGCACCAGUCGUCGCCGCUGCCCCAGCUGUCACUAGGGUGUACCAGUCUGCUCCAGUUGUUGCUGCUGCUCCAUCUGUGUCCCACGUGACCACCUACACCCAGGCUGCUCCAGUCGUCGCUGCUGCUCCCUCUGUCACCAGGGUUUACCAGUCUGCUCCGGUGGUGGCUCCCGCCCCAGCUGUCGCCACCGUCGCCGCCGCUCCAGCUGUGUCCCGCGUGACCACCUACAGCCAAGCUGCUCCAGUCGUUGCUGCUGCCCCAGCUGUUACUAGGGUGUACCAGUCUGCUCCAGUUGUUGCUGCUGCUCCAGCUGUGUCCCGCGUGACCACCUAUGCCCAGGCUGCUCCAGUUGUGGCUGCCGCUCCAGCUGUCACCAGGGUCUACCAGUCCGCUCCAGUUGUUGCUGCAGCUCCAGCUGUUGCCACUUUUGCCGCUGCUCCAGCUGUGUCCCGCGUGACCACCUACACCCAGGCUGCUCCAGUCGUCGCUGCCGCUCCAGCUGUCACCAGGGUCUACCAGUCUGCUCCAGUUGUUGCUUCUGCCCCAGCUGUGUCUCGCGUCACCACCUACACUCAGGCUGCUCCAGUCGUUGCCACUGCCCCAGUCGCCACUGUCGCGGCUGCUCCAGCUGUGUCUGCUGUGACCACCUACCACCAGGCUGCUCCAGCUCUCGCCACCUACGCUGCUGCCCCAGCUGUCGCUGCCGUCCAUGCUGCCCCAGCUGUUGCCACUACCACUGUCCACCACGCCCCAGCUGUCGCCACCGUCGCCCACGCUGCCCCAGCUUUCGCUACCUACCAGGCCACCCCAGUCUACGGCUACGGUGUUGGAAGCCUCGGCUAUGGUGCGGGCAGCUAUGCCCUGGGUCACGGAUUUGGUGUCUAUGGCCUGAACUACGGCUAUGGUCUUGGCACUCCCUUCGACUACACCACCCUCCUCCGCAAGAAGAAAUCUCUCACGCCAUCUGCGGAAGGCGGCAUGCUGACCUGGCUUCGCUGCACGCCAGGACCUAAGGGGCUAAAGGAGACGCCCGGUAAGUGA